AUUAAAUUGAAGAAUUUAUUAUAAUUUUAUAAUGAAUCUCGAAUGUAUCAUAUAACGGAUUAAUUAGAAAAGGAAAUGAAUUUUUUCUUUCAGAACUUGUAGAUAUUAAUACAAACAUUUGUCAUUUAGGUACCGUCAAGUUUAGUUCGGAGUAGAUGGCGUCGAGACGAUGCAAAAUCUACGCCUAUGAGGUGCCAAGAAUGAUAGUGGGGAGAAGUAUAGAGAGAAAAGAGGGGACAGUAAUGGCGAGGAUCAGCAAUGGUGGGGAGUUAGAGUGGUAUCCGGCUGGGGCUAGCCCCAGGUCUGUUGGUGGAGGAUGAGGAGAGAUGGGGAGACGGUGAAACGAGUGGAAUGGAAAGGCAGUCAGCGGGGUCGUCGAGUCGAAGAGACGAGUGAACAGACGAGGGAGCGAACAUCGCGGCAAAGCCAAGAGCGCUGUUUGCCCGGCGCUUUCCUCGGUCGAGGCACGGCACGCUCGUCUUCGUCGUCGUCAUCAUUGUUAUCGUCACGUGUCAUUAAAAAAAGUGUCAUUUUUCGUUUCUUUCGUAAUAGAAAAGAACGUUUGCGAACUGAAGUGUCCUUUCUCAAGUAUUUAGGAAUUCUAUUAAAAAAUGAAAGGAUAGACGAAGUAUAUUCCUGUGUCUUUCUUUCUUUUUUGAAAUUUCAUUUUUUUUUUUUUUUUUUUUUUUUUUUUUUUUAAUCACCGUUCUACUAUCUUCCAAGUUUUUUCUUCUACUCUCAUUCCAAUCUCUUUCGCGUCCUUGUCCAAUUCAGGUAUUCUGAUAAUUUGUCUUCCUCCCAGUCACCUGCUCAUUCCAAUUUUCUACCAUCAGCACCACCUACGCGAGCCGUGCCCUCUUUAAUCGUGACAGUUCGAGCGAGGGACGGAUCAAGUCAUGUUUAUCGAAAGUUUUAAUUGAUCCUAAAGUGAUCUAGCAAGAGAUCAUCAUUAAAUCAUUAAAAGAAAGAAGUAUUGUAUUUGGAGCACAAGAUGACAAUACUUUGUGUCAAGAAGAACAAAGCUUGUUAUCAAAGAGUAUCGAAAGUAAGUAGGAGCGGAGAUUUAAAGUGAAAGUCCAUGAAUUUGUAAAGUAUACUUGGACACUGGACAACGGUAUCAGGAUGAUGGAGUUUGAGAUGUCGUGAGAAGAAAGACUGACUGGGGUCUUCUUCGAAAGAAUCUUUUGAAAGAAAGAAUCUUUCGGGAAAGCAGGAAAGAAGAAAAGGAAAGACAAAAGAAAAGAAUUUGUCGUCUAUUCGGUCGAUAAAGCUCGUCGAGCCGGUCGGAGUCUAGACGGAUAUGGCUACUGUUGUUCCUUCCACCGGUGCUGUUGCUGCUGGUGCUGUUCCUCGGCUUUUCCAUCACCAUCGUCAUCGCAGCACACGUCGCCACCACUACCAGGUACUACGUCGUCAGCCGUGUAGUAGCGAGUCAGGCGAACAGGUGCUGCUACUGCUGCUGCUGCUGCUGCUCCUACCCUCUUCCUCCUCCUCCACCUCCUCCUCCUCUAUCUCCUCCACCUCCUCUUCUACCUUCUGCGUCGUCGUUCAGGAUAGGAUUCGGCGAGACCUCUCGUGAUAGCGGACACACGAGUCUCGAGCUACGGAACGAUUUCUCUGUUGCUUGUUCUUCUCUUCGUCAAACGUAGUUGUCGAUCGAUUUGUCAGGCCACGCACAUUCCGCGCGCAUUCCCGCUAUUCUUAGUGGCGUAGGUGUCCAUUUCUCUUUCUCUUUCUUUCUCUUUCCCUUUCUCUUUUUUUACUCCCUUAUCCUCUUUGUCAUUCUCCUCGUUUUCAUCUUCUUGGUGUAUAUAUUAUAUAGUGUAGUGCGUGUGCAAGUGCGCCACGAGAAAGAGAUUGAGGAGGGUGAAGAAGUUGAAAACGAAGAAGUAGAAGAAGAAGGGGAAAAGAAUUAAAGGGAGAAAAAAGAAGAAGAAAAAAGAUAACAUACACAGGAGAAGGACCGUCGACGUCACUGCGCGCGUCUGGCCUUCUCGCCGGAGGAUGACGAGCAUGCGAAGGGUCGACUGUCCGCGACCGAUUUCACGGAUCUGUGGGACUCUUCUUUUGUUACUGAUACUACUCACCGAGGUCUCCUAUUCGGCCGAUCUAGCGAUCGAAAUUCCAGGUAAUUUGAGUCAAGGCGGUUCUUGGUACCGACUGGAUUACAGUCCUGCUGUUGGUUAUCCACAGCCAAACACUACUAUAGCCGCAAUAGACAUCGGUGAUGUUAUCAAGUUCAGGGAUGGUCUUCCGGGUACAAAAUAUGAGUUUUGGCUAUACUACAGUAACGGCACUCUUCACGAUUGGCUCACGUGGGCUGCUUCGAUCACGACAGCACCGGAUCCACCCUCCAAUUUGACCGUAUCUGUUCGCAAUGGGAAAACCGCGAUCGUAUAUUGGUCGCCGCCAGCCCAGGGCAAUUAUUCUGGUUUCCGCCUGAGGGUACAAAGCUUCAGCGACACCGGAAAUCCAAGGACGAGUGUGAUACCCGCCGAUGCCGUGCCCUAUACACUUCGUGAUCUGACGCCCGGGGCGACAUACUCCCUUCAACUCUUCACGGUGCUGGACACCAAAGAGAGUGUGGCCUACACAAGCAGGAACUUUACAACCAAACCAAAUACGCCAGGGAAGUUCAUCGUGUGGUUUAGAAAUGAGACUACGUUAUUGGUACUCUGGCAGCCACCUUAUCCUGCUGGGAUUUAUACCCACUACAAAGUUAGCAUUGAUCCCAAGGAUGCGAUCGAAUCGGUCCUUUAUGUGGAGAAAGAAGGUGAACCACCUGGACCAGCUCAGGCUGCGUUCAAAGGACUCGUUCCUGGUCGAGCUUACAACAUUUCGGUACAAACAGUUUCUGAAGAUGAGACCUCGACUCCAACGACUGCUCAAUAUCGUACCGUACCAUUGCGACCUUUGAACGUAACUUUUGACAAAUCUUCUAUAACAUCUACUUCAUUUAGAGUGUUCUGGAAACCACCGAAUGGAACAUCCGAGUUCGACAAAUAUCAGAUAUCUCUCGGCGGUAAUCGAAGACUCGCACCUGUUACUAAAAACCGGGAUGAUGAAAGUAGAUUGGAAUUUAAGGACUUGGAACCUGGAAAAACAUAUCAGGUUGUUGUAAAAACGGUCUCUGGCAAGGUCACCAGUUGGCCAGCUAGUGGUGACGUUACUCUCAAACCAUUACCGGUCCGAGAUCUUCGAGCAGACAUCGAUGAGAGAACAGGUAUGGUUGAAGUAUCAUGGAAUCCGGAAAAUAGUAGUACGCAAGAUAGUUAUAAGCUUCAGUAUCAUGAAGUGGAAACGACUAUCGGUGGUGAUAGCAACACUUUAACAACUGAUAAAAACAGAGUCACAUUGGAAGCUCUGCUGCCAGGUCGAAAUUAUUCCAUAAUCAUCCAAGCGAUCAGCAGUAAAGUUGAAUCAAAUGAGACAGUACUUUAUCAAGUAACACGUCCGUCUAGUCCGAUAAUCGAAGAUUUGAAAUCGAUCGAGAAAGGUUUGAAUAUAUCCUGGAAGAGUGAUGUAAACUCCAGGCAAGAAAAGUUCGAGGUGACGCACAACAGAAACGAUACAGGCGAAAGUGCGACCACCUUGACCACAGAGUCGCACAUUGUUUUAGAAGAUCUUUAUCCUGGUGCGGGAUAUGAGGUCAAGGUUUUCGCUAUUAGUCAUGGCCUUAGGAGCGAGCCGCAUGCACACUUUCAAGCAGUCCUGCCUCAUCCACCAAAGAAUUUGAGCAUUGAAAAAGUUACCAGUAACACAGUACUUGUCCAUUGGGAAGCACCAACGGAUUCAAUAUUUUCUGAAUAUUCUAUUAGAUAUCGUACGGAAGACGAACCAAGAUGGGUAAAGCUUCCAAGUGUUCGAGAAAUUGGCGAAGCGGAAGUCGCCGAUAUGACACCAGGAGAGAGAUACACGAUACAAGUAAAUACUGUAAGCUAUGGAGUAGAAAGUUUACAUCCCUUACAAGUAAAUCAUACAAUUCGACCAAAUCCAGUAUUAAACAUUCAUCCAAUCGUGGAUUCAACGAAUGUGACAUUAGAGUGGCCAAGACCCGAAGGUAGGAUUGAAACCUACGUGAUAAGAUGGUGGCCUGUCGAGAAUCCGCAAGAUAUAAGAGCAAAAAAUGUCACUGAAAGCCCCGAAAUUUCUGCUCUUAUCUUCGACGAGAACACCGUUCAUACGGAAAGAGUACUCGUUGGCGAUCUGAUGCCAGGGAUGCAGUAUUCCUUCAUCGUCUAUACCAUAUCUUAUGAUCUAGUCAGUGAAAUCACCAAUUUAACGACAAGAACAAUGCCGCUGAUCCAGUCCGAAGUCGUGGUGGUGGUAGAUCGCGAUCAACCGGGCUCUUUAACGCUAAGGUACACCCCAACACCGAUUCAAUCAUCGAAAUUCGAUCUUUAUCGCUUUCGGAUCAACGACGAGAACAAUACGACUAAGGAGCGUCGUGUAGAUGAUACUGAUACGAAGGUCACCUUUACUGGCCUUACACCCGGUAGGCUUUACCAAGUGACUGUGUGGACUGUCAGUGACAACGUGGAAAGUCGACCAUUGAUUAGACAGGAUAGACUCUAUCCUGAACCGAUCACUACGAUAAAUGCGACCGACGUUAACGAUACCAGGAUUACGUUGACUUGGGACGUGCCACGAGGAGAAUAUGACACUUUCGAAGUGCAGUAUAUAAACACCGAAGGCAACUACAUCCAAAAUUUAACAUCUGUUAACACGAUAACCAUAUCCGACUUGAAGCCAUAUAGAAAUUACACGUUCACGUUGGUCGUUCGCUCAGGAACUGAAUCAUCCUAUUUGAGGGUGUCGAAUCCGCUUAGUGCCAGUUUCACCACGAGCGAAUCUUAUCCUGGUAGAGUGGACAAGUUUUAUCCAACGGAUAUACAACCUAGUGAGAUCAGCUUCGAAUGGUACUUGCCGAGUCAGGAGCAUAAUGGUAUCAUCAGAAAGUACAGCAUCACUUAUGGCUUGGAGGGCUCAACGCACACGCAAAUGCAAGACUUCAGGUCAAUUGAAUUUCGUGGUGUCAUAAAAUCCCUCAUACCUGGCAAGACGUACCUCUUUCGCAUUCAAGCCGAGACGAAGGUCGGUUACGGGCCUGAAGUAGUUUGGAAACAAAAGAUGCCAAUAAGGGCACCACCAAAACCGCCCACUCAAGUUGUACCAACCGAGGUCUGUAGGAGCAGUACUACGAUACAAAUACGGUUUAGAAAGAAUUACUUCAGCGAACAAAAUGGUGCUGUAAUUUCGUAUACUAUCAUCGUUGCUGAAGAUGACAGCAAAAAUGCAUCUGGUCUUGAAAUGCCUAGCUGGAGAGACGUUCAGGCUUAUAGCAUUUGGCCUCCUUAUCAGGUCAUGGAGCCUUAUUAUCCUUUUAAAAAUGGAUCGGUAGAAGACUUUACGAUCGGGUCUGAAAAUUGUGACAACAAAAUUGGCUAUUGUAACGGACCCCUAAAAUCUGGUUCAACCUACAGAGUAAAAGUACGAGCUUUUACAGCUCCUGACAUGUUCACGGAUACCAGCUAUAGUUUUCCAAUUCAAACAGGAUUGCUGCUGGCAGAUAAGGAUAACACAGCUAUCAUAGUUGGAGUAACUGUCCCGAUUGUUCUUCUAUUGUCUUUAUUGGGUAUCGGCUUGCUCGUGAGGAGAAGACGAAGCCAAGGAAGAAAGACUACUGAGACCAGAGCCACAGAUAAUUUAUCUUUACCAGAUAGUGUUAUAGAAACGAGUCGUCCCAUUAAAGUAGAAGAUUUUUCUGAACACUAUAGAAAUAUGUCGGCGGAUUCAGAUUUUCGCUUUUCGGAAGAAUUCGAGGAGCUUAAGCACGUUGGGAGGGAUCAACCUUGUACUGCUGCUGACUUACCAUGUAACAGACCAAAAAAUCGUUUUACGAAUAUAUUACCUUACGAUCACAGCAGAUUUAAAUUACAACCGGUAGACGACGAAGAGGGCUCGGAUUAUAUAAACGCUAAUUAUGUUCCUGGUCAUAAUUCACCAAGAGAGUUUAUCGUAACGCAAGGUCCUUUACACUCAACGCGUGAUGAUUUCUGGAGAAUGGUGUGGGAGAGUAAUAGCAGAGCUAUCGUGAUGCUCACGCGAUGUAUCGAAAAGGGUAGGGAGAAGUGCGAUCAUUAUUGGCCCAUGGAUACUUUGCCGGUUUACUAUGGUGAUAUUUGUGUAACGAUAUUAAACGAGGCGCAUUAUCCAGAUUGGAGUAUCACGGAGUUCAUGUUGUGCAGGGGGGACGUGAAAAGGGUGAUACAACAUUUCCAUUUCACAACAUGGCCAGAUUUUGGUGUUCCAAGUCCACCCCAAACAUUAGCAAGAUUUGUUCGAGCUUUCCGAGAACGAGUAAGACCAGAUCAACGACCAAUAGUCGUUCAUUGUAGCGCUGGUGUAGGACGUAGUGGUACAUUUAUCACGUUAGAUAGGAUACUUCAACAGAUCUUGGUAUCGAAAUACGUUGAUAUUUUUGGAAUUGUUUGGGCUAUGAGAAAGGAGAGAGUUUGGAUGGUACAGACUGAGCAACAAUACAUCUGCAUACACCAGUGUCUUCUUGCUGUCUUAGAAGGACAAGACACUACAGGACCACCUCGUGAGAUUCAUGACAAUCAAGGGUUCGAAGGAAAGAAUCGAAGCUCGGUCGAAAACGCUAAGAGUCCUGCCGAGGAUGAAAAGGAGAGGUGACCUUCGAACUCCGAAUCCUGCGUCGAUGAUGACGAAGGAAUAGCCGAGUCGGGAAUGUGAUGAUCCGAUUAUUGGUUAUUAAGGAUAUCGACUUGCGAGCAUGGACGUCCUAUUUCUAAAAUAUGUUAGUAUCUGACGUACGUCUGAUUCUUCAGGGUUUUCUGAAUCUCGCCGAAAGAAAGAUCAGAGAAAAGUCAGAGGGAUUUAGGGAAGAUAUUUAGAAAAGAUAAAAUCAAAUAACAAAUGAAACAGAGAAAGAGAAAGAGAAAGAGAGAUAGUACGAUCAAUUUUAUAAUCCCAUUUGGAAUCUUUCACGUUGUCGGAUGUUUAGCUACUCACCGACGAUAAGUAUAAUCAAUCAGAGGACUUGUUCGACUCAAUAACGUUGUCCAUACUCAGUUUCAUCCGACCGAAAACUUCCAGUUUAAAGGGAGUUUGAUCUCAUCGAUUUACUCUUAUUGCAAACAAUUUUUGCUCUAAUGCUGUUAUUAAGACAGCCUUGUCAAUCUUGAAGACAAGAGGAAAAGAUUGAAUUUGAAGCUGUCAAGUGCAUUCAUCGAAUGACAAAGGAAUACAACGCUGUAUGAUCGUUGUUGCUUGAAAAAAAAGAAGAGAGAGAGAGAGAGAGAGAGAGAGAGAGAGAGAGAGAGAGAGAGAGAGAGAGAGAGAGAGAGAGAGAGAAGUCGUAAUAUAUCGUAUACGCGUAGCUGCCAUUUUCUGUGCAUAGUAAUUAUCGUACGUGCUCGCGUUGAUCCCUUAGAUAGAUACAGAUUUGCAUAUCAUAAUGAAUUACCAAGUGAACAAAUUCAAUUGGGUUGUCACGAUCGAUUCGCUUUCGUUUUAAAUGCACGUAUGAACAUUUAGAAAUUUGAAAUUAUUGACAAAAUAUUUUGUCCAAUUGUUUAAAAAUUAAAUAAGAAUUUUUAUAAUUCGAGCAUUCUUCUUUAAGAUUACAAAUUUAUGAUGAAUUUAAUAACAAAACGUUCGAACGUGGAUUUGUGACGAGUGCGACGUCGAAAUUUGCUAUUUCAUCUAGCCGUUAUCAAAAAUGACAACCAUCCGUCCAAGAGCCGUUCUAGACGUGCCAAUUAAGUGUUAAAGAAUUAAUUAAAUGAAGAAAGAAAUAAAAGAUGUGGACGAAGCGGGAAAAAAUGUGAAGAUACUGUUUUUUGAAUCAUUACUCUCGAGUUAGGCCAAACAAGUGGGAACAAGAAACUCGCAUCUUCGUAGAAGCCAUAUCACUUUUUCAUGGAUAAAUCACUAACCGAUAACGUGUCUUUAUGGUUAUCGAACUAUUUCAGACGAAUAUCUUGUGAAACGUUUAAUAUAUUGCUUUCAGUAUUUAAGUUCGAUUUUUUAAUGCAAUUAAAGAAGGUACGAGAGAGUACUUAAUUUUUCGUAAAACGACAAAAGCGAGAGAGAGAGAGAGAGAGAGAGAGAGAGAGAGAGAGAGAGAGAGAGAGAGAGAGAAAGCAACAUUCGAAACGAUAAACAACGAGGUCCAAUCGAAACAUUUUUUUGCGAUAUUUUUCCGAUUAGAUAGAAAAAAAGAAGUUUUCAAAAGUGAGGAAAUUUUGGAAUAGAAGGGACAUCGCGUAUUUUUGGAAAACUUUUAUUAUCUAAUAGCGAAUUGCUGAAUGAAAAAUUUUCUUACGUUCGAUAUGAAUCAAGAAUGUUCAAAAACCGGAAAAAUCAACGAAGCAUUGUAGGAACGAAAUCUUAGACUCGGUAAAUGCAUUUUGCACAUGUCUAUCAAAAACAAAAAAAAAUGAUAAAGAAAACGAAAAACGAAACGAAACAAAAUAGAUUAAAAAAAAAAAAAAAGGAGAAAAUAUGUAGAGUGAUACUGUUUUCCAUAAUAAAAGCGCUAACUUUUGUGUACGCGUAUGUAUAUGUAUGUGCAAUCAAUAAUCGUACUUGUUGAUAUUUUUUAAAGAUAAAAAUGAAAAGAAAAGGAGGAAACGAAUCUCGCUAAUUCGUAGUUUCUACCGCAGUGUUCUUAGGUGCAAAUAAUCUAAUCUAAGGUGCCCCUCCCUCUCUACAGUAUUCCUCCUUAUGUUUAAUUUUUCUAUCUUUGGGUAAUCGGGCCAUUGUAAAUAAUUAUAAAUAUAUGAAUAUAUAUGUAUACAAAUAUUUCCUAGGAUGGAUGCAAGGACAAUGCUUUCUUUUUUACUUUUCUAAUAUUGCUAAAUAUCAUUUUCAUUUGUAAGCUUUACGAUUUAAAAGAAACGUCAUGCUUAUCAUCAAUUAAUCUUCUAAAAUUUCUGAAUUUUACCAGAAGAAACGAAACGCUCGAUAUUCUUGGAAAAUUAUUUUCGGUAAAGACUUUUUUCCCCCCAAUGAGAAGUACUUGCGUUCAUUCGUGUGAAACUCAUUCAUAGAUACAGGCAUAUGUUCGUUAGUCUAAUCUCAAAUAAUGAAGUCGUGAGCAUGUAAGAUACAAAAAAUUCGCAAACGCUUUCAUACACUUCUCGUUACUCGAUAAUAGAGUACUUUCUAAUUGCUUCCAACGUUAUUUCUUAUUUGCCAAUGCUCGUAUUAUCGUCGAAAUAUAUUCUUAGAGGUAUCUUCGUACGUAAUUAAGUAAUAUAUUCGAGGGAUAUUUAUGCAAUUCGACGUUUAAAAUUUUACAGAUUUCGGUGACCAUAUCAAAGUACGAACGAGAAAGGAAAAUGUAUUAUAUAUAUAUAAGAUAUAUAUAUAAAAGAAGGAAAGAAACAUUUUUCUUAGAAGUCAGUAACAUUUAUAGCGCUACUGAAAAAAAUAAUACGCGACUUUAGCCGCGAGCAUUACCAUUAAUAAUUUUAUGUUAUUCUGUGAUAAAACACGAUUUGUGGUUCGCGGAGAAAGAACUACACAUAUAUAUAUAUAUAUAUAUAUAUAUAUAUAUAUAUGUAGAUAGAAAUAGAGAGAAAGAGAGAGAGAGAGAGAGAGAGAGAGAGAGGAGAAAAUGAAAGAUAAGGGACAUUGAAUACAAUAAUUUUUUCAUUCAUUUUCCGUGCAGGUAGAAAAUAGUCGAAAAAGAAUAAGAGAAGAAUCAAAUACGAAGGAAAGAUGAAAUUUACAUAGGCGAAAGACAACAAGGUGAUAGAUAAUAAUAAUGAUAAUAAUAAUAGUGAUGAUAAUAAUAUUAAUAUUAAUGAUUCGUGGUAUGUUUUGAAUUUAUUAUGACGUUGUAAAUAUUAAUGAUAAUAAGCUUGAUGUUAAGGAUCUACACACUUAUAUAUACAUAUACAUAUAUAUAUAUAUAUGUAUGUAUAUAUAUUUUAAACACAAGGUAUCCGUAUAAGGAUGAAAUAAAAAUAAAUAUGGAUGCCGAACUGUUUUGUAUAUAAACAUUUUUUUACGAGAUUAUUGCGAUAACAGCACGAUGCGAUUUAAAACGGAGAAUGAACCUGCGAAUAAAAAAGAAAAGAGAAGAAUUCUCAUAUCAUCGAUUUUCUUUGCGCGUAUUUCGUUUGUUUGUUUUUUUUUUUCAUUAACUCUUUCUUCUUAUCGAUUCAUUUUCGCAGUCACUUCUCUAUACCAGCGUAAUUACAAAAAGUUCGUAGGUUUAUUAUUAUGAAUGAGAUAUACAUACGUGUGCUGUGGUAUGGAAAAAUUAUAUGGAAAAAAUUUGCGCAAAUGUAGUGUGUGUAUGUGUAUAUGUGCGUGCGUGAAAGAGAGAUAGAGACAAAUUGUUCCACGUAUUUUGCAUAAUCAAUACGACUAUGCAAAGGAAAAAUAAAAAAAAUGUGGUAUGGUAAAAUGCACGUUCAUCAAAUAAACGAUGCUGAUUCUGAUAA